GGCCGGGCCAUGGAGCAGCCGGCGCGGCGGAGCUCAGCCCCAGCGCCCGCUGCCUGCGGCGCCCGCCGCCCCGGCCCCAGUGCGCCUGAGCCGGCGGGCGGCGCCCGGGGCAGCCGCUGCGCACGGCCGGGGAUGCUGUGAGCGCCCGCCGCCGCCCGCCCGCCCGCCCGCCGCCCGCCAUGGGCAAGGACCAGGAGCUGAUGCAGGCGGUGAAGGCGGAGGACGUGGGCGCCGUGCAGAAGCUGCUGCAGAGGCCCAAGCCGGGCAAAGCCAAGCUCCUCGGAUCUGCGAAGAAAGUCAACGUCAACUUCCAGGACACCGAUGGAUUCUCCGCCCUGCACCAUGCAGCCCUCAAUGGCAACACGGAGCUCAUCUCGCUGCUGCUGGAAGCUCAGGCCGCCGUGGACAUUAAGGACAACAAAGGGAUGCGGCCCCUGCACUACGCCGCCUGGCAGGGCAAGAAGGAGCCGAUGAAGAUGGUGCUGAAGGCAGGGUCAGCCGUGAAUGCCCAGUCGGACGAGGGCCAGAUCCCCCUGCAUCUGGCGGCCCAGCACGGGCACUACGACGUGUCCGAGAUGCUGCUGCAGCACCAGUCCAACCCCUGCAUUGUGGACAACUCUGGCAAGACGCCGCUGGACUUGGCUUGCGAGUUUGGCCGCGUCGGGGUGGUGCAGCUGCUGCUGAACAGCAACAUGUGUGCGGCGCUGCUGGAGCCCAAGCCCGGGGACGCCACCGACCCCAAUGGCACCAGCCCCCUGCACCUGGCAGCCAAGAAUGGGCACAUUGACAUCAUCAGGCUGCUGCUGCAGGCGGGCAUCGACAUCAACCGGCAGACCAAGGCGGGCACGGCCCUGCACGAGGCGGCUCUGUGUGGCAAGACCGACGUGGUGCGGCUCCUGCUGGAUAGCGGGAUCAAUGCCCAUGUCAGGAACACGUACAACCAGACGGCGCUGGACAUUGUCAACCAGUUCACCGCCACCCAGGCCAGCAAGGAGAUCAAGCAGAUGCUGCGAGACGCCUCGGCCGCGCUGCAGGUCCGGGCCGUCAAGGAUUACUGCAACAACUACGACCUGACCAGCCUGAACGUGAAGGCCGGCGACGUCAUCACCGUGCUGGAGCAGCACGCGGACGGGCGGUGGAAGGGCUGCAUCCACGACAACCGGACCGGCAACGACCGCGUGGGCUACUUCCCGUCCAGCCUCGUCGAAGCCAUCAGCAAGCGAACAGGUUCAUGGGAAACGGUAACCAUUAGCCAGCACUAUCAAACGAUCCCGCUCCCGGGCCCCGGGGCAGCUGUGCUUAAUGGCGACGCCUCGGCCCAUCCGCUCCAUCUCCUGCCUCCACCUCCACCUCCUCCAUCACAUUCCCAUCAGCCUCUUUUCAGUUCCUUUGGCUAUCACAGGCUGCCCCAUAGCCCUGCGGGGGAGCGGCACUGUGGACAAGGUUCGCGCGGGUCCGACAUGAGCCCAUCUCACCUGUCGCCCUCGCAAGGCGGGUCACCAGCCACGCCGGCGCCAGCCGAGGAGAUCUGGGUGCUGCGGAAACCCUUUGCAGGUGGCGACCGCAGUAGCCUGGGCAGCACCGGCAGCGUGGCCAGCGCACGGAGCUCGGGCAGCGGGCAGAGUGCGGGCAGCGGGGGUCAUGCCCUGCACGCCGGCUCAGAAGGGGUCAAGCUGCUGGCAACCGUCCUCUCGCAGAAGGCGUCGGUGCAGGAGGCGGCCGUGGGCGAUGGGCCGGCGAAGGGGCUGGAGUCGCCUGCAGGUUCCUCGCGGAGCCAGAGCGUGGCCAGCUCCCCGUAUGCAGCCCAGCCCCCGCCCGAGCAGCAGCUGAAGAAGAUGGAGCCCAUGUCGGAGGGGAAGAGCUCGGAGGCCGUGUACCAGUGGCUGUACAAGUUCCAGCUGCAGCUCUACGCGCCCAACUUCAUUAAUGCCGGCUACGACAUCCCCACCAUCAGCCGCAUGACGCCAGAGGACCUCACGGCUAUCGGCGUGACGAAGCCCGGGCACCGGAAGAAGAUUGCCUCGGAGAUCAACAGCCUGAACAUCCCCGAGUGGCUCCCGGAGUACAAGCCGGUACGGCUCUGCCCGCGGGGCCCGGGCGGUGGGCGCCGGGACCGCGCCGAGCCGGAGGAAACCCCCCUGCCGGCCAACCUGGCUCUCUGGCUGUCCAUGAUCGGGCUGUCGCAGUACUACAAGGUGCUGGUGGAGAACGGCUACGAGAACAUCGACUUCAUCACGGACAUCACGUGGGAGGACCUGCAGGAGAUUGGCAUCACCAAGCUGGGCCACCAAAAGAAGCUGAUGCUGGCGGUGAAGAAGCUGGCGGAGCUGCAGAAGGCCGAGUACGUCAAGUACGAGUCGGGGACGCUGAAGAAGAAGGCGCCGCAGUCGCUGGAUGUCAUGGCCAUCGAGUCGCCCCCGCCCGAGAGCGCCGAGUGCCAGUCCCCCAAGAUGACCACGUUCCAGGACAGCGAGCUCAGCAGCGAGCUGCAGGUGGCCAUGACGGGCACCGGCGAGGCGCCCGACGAGCCUGAGAAGCCGGCCAACCAUGUGCCGCACCUCCGGGAAGGCGCCAGCUACCGGCCCCCCUCCACCCGCCACGUGCACCAAAACAGCCUGGGCAGCCGAGCCAAGCACAUCAGCAGCUCCCAAGAGCUGCUGGGCGACGAGCCCAAGGGGCCGAGCGCUGCCAUGUCCAAGAGCCAAGAGUACCUGACGGAGGAGGGCAAGGAGGGGCCCCCCAGCCUGCCCAAAGAGGUGCGCUCCCUGCGGCACGGGCACCCCGUGAAGAGAGCCAGCGUGCCCCCCGUGCCCGGCAAGCCGCGGCAGUCCUUCCCGCCGUCCGCGGGGCACUUCACCCCGCCCCAGACGCCCACCAAGCCGCGGCCCUCGUCCCCCCAGACCCUGGGCGUGCCGCACGCCACCGCCAAAGUGAAGCCCACGCCCCAGCUGCUGCAGCAGGCCGACCGCCCCAUGUCGCCCCGCUCCCUGCCGCAGUCGCCCACGCACCGCGGCUUCGCCUACGUCAUGCCGCAGCCCGUGGAAGCCGAGGCGGGGCACCCGCCGGGUCCGCUGGCCCAGGCCGUGCCGGUGCUGCCGGUCUCGGUGCCGGUGCUGUGCUUGCCGCCGCCCGGCGGGGAGGCAGAGGAGGAGCUGGGCCGGCCGAAGAAGCGGGCGCACAGCCUGAACCGCUACGCCAUGUCUGACAGCGAGCAGGAGCGGGACGAGCUGCUGGUGCCGGACGCCGGGCCCUACGCCACAGUGCAGCGGCGCGUGGGCCGCAGCCACUCCGUGCGGGCUCAGUCGGGCGCCGACAAGAACGUCAACCGCAGCCAGUCCUUCGCCGUGCGGCCCAAGAAGAAGGGCCCUCCGCCGCCCCCGCCCAAGCGCUCCAGCUCUGCCAUCUCCAGCACCAACAUGACCGAGGACUUCAAGGACGGGGAGGCGGGGGACGGCACCGGCGAGGACGAGGAGAUGCCGGAGCCCUACGUGGAGCAGCGGCGGGCCAGCGACUUCGGCGGCAGCGUGGACACGGGCAGCGCGGGCAGCGUGAAGAGCAUCACCGCCAUGCUCGAGAUGUCCUCCAUCGGCGGCGGUGCCCGGGCCUUGGCGCUGCAGAAACCGCCCGGCGCCGGCGGCAAGGGGCCUGACGGCUACUACGUGCCGCCCGGCGCCGUGCACCCCGCCAGCCCCGAGCACGGCCGCGUGGCCACCGUCCUGGCUACGGUCAAGCACAAAGACGCCAUCGGGCUGGACGGGGAGGUGGUGAACCGGCGCCGGACCAUCAGCGGCCCCGUCACCGGGCUGCUGGCCGCGGCCCGCCGGGAGCGCUCCGGCAGCAUGCAGUCGGACGCGGGGAAGGAGGGCAGCGCGGUGGAGCGGCUGCGGGGCUCCCCCCAGAACAGCUCGUCCGAGAACAUCCCCUUCGCCGAAGACGGCAACCUCACCAUCAAGCAGCGGCCCCGCGGCCUGGUGCCGGCCAGGGCCGAGGCGGGGGAGGCGCUGUCCCCCGCGCACCGCCACGGCGACCUGGCCAAGGUGGAGGCCAGCGCCACGCUGAAGCGGCGGAUACGGGCCAAGCAGAGCCAGCAGGAGAGCGUCAAGUUCAUCCUGACCGAGUCGGACACCGUCAAGCGGCGCCCCAAGACCAAGGACAAGGAGCAGGGGCUGGAGCCGGCCCCGCUCUCCGUCUACCAGAACGGCACCGGCACCAUCAAGCGGAGGCCGGCCUCCGAGACGAGCGGCGCCGAGAUGCCCGCGCCGCCACCCCUGACCCCGCCACCGCCCGCCGACGGGCUCGAACACGCGCUGCAGCCGGCGGAGCCCAAGAAGCCCUUCAAGCCGCCGGUGUCCCCCAAGCCCGUGUUACCCCAGCAAGCACAGAAGGUCCCCGGGCCGCCCACGCCCACGCCCAAAAAGGUGCCGAUCCCCAGCCCCGGCAGCCCAGAGGUGAAGCGGGUCCAUGGCACCCCGCCGCCGGUGUCCCCCAAGCCCACCCCACCGCCGACGGCGCCCAAGCCGGCCAAGCCGCACGCCGCCAUCCAGUCGGUGAGCGCGAGCUCCACGCCCGCCCCGUCGCCCGCCAAGCAGCUCGCCCCCACGGCCAAGCCUUCCAGCACGCCGCCCUCGCUCUGCUCCAGCCCUGCCAAGCCCCUCUCGCCCGGCGGGCAGCCGCAGCAGGUGCCCGUCAAGCCGCCGCGCUCCUCCAUCGCCGGGCCGUCGGUGGAGAGCGCCAGCACCGAGAUGGCGCACCAGAAGCUGGAGGAGACCAGCGCCUCGCUGGCGGCCGCGCUGCAGGCGGUGGAGGAGAAGAUCAAGCAGGAGGACGGGCAAGCUGCAGACGCGGCGGCGGAGUCCAAGAGCACCGUCAGCAUCCUGGACGACAUCGGCAGCAUGUUCGAUGACCUGGCCGACCAGCUGGACGCCAUGCUGGAGUGAGGGCGGGCCCGGCGCGCCCCCGCUAACCUCAGGAUUCACCGUGGGCACAAGGGCACAACGAUCUACCCCCCACCCCGCCGCCCCCCUGUACAGCCUGCCCGUCCCCCCCGGACCCCCAGCCUUCGGGGCUUGCACAAAGAAGAAAAGAUUACCUCAGGACUGUGCUCACACCGACCGGCACACGCGUUUCCCACCCCGAGCCCCGCGGCGCCCGGGAACGGCUGCGGCCAGGCCUGGGUUUGUAGAAGCAAAAAAACAAAAAACACAAACCAAGCAACCUAAGAGCCCUGCCAUGGGGCUUUCUGCCCUGCUGCCCACCCCUGCCACGCCGGUCCAGCAGGGAUGCACUGUCCAGGCCGGCGGCUGGUGCCCACCCCCAAACCCCGCGCCUGGCGCUGGACAUUGCUCCGCUCCUUCCUGCUGUCUCCACGUCCCGUAACGCCCCCGAGCCCCCCAGCAUCACCGUCCAGCCUGUGCCCCCCCCAGAUCCGUCCCAGUCCAUCUGCGCCUCUCUCCCGUGGGCCGCGGCGCCCAGGGGCUGCCCGGGGGGGGUUGGGGAGCGGGGUUCAAGGGGGGAUGGGGGUUCGGUCCGCUGCAUGCUGCGUGUUCCCCGAUGGCGUGUGUCUGUGCUAGCCUGGUGGUGCGCUGUGCCCGUGCGACACUGUGUCGUGGCCGCGUCUGAUGUGCCGUUAGUGCUUUCUGUUCGUCUGCUUUCUCUGGGUCUGGAAGCUUUUUUAUUUUGGGGGGGGGGGAAGGUGUCCCAGCCACUGCAGGGUGCCUACUGGGGAGAGCGGACGCGUGGCACGGGGGCACUGGGCCCAGCCCAGCAGCCACGUGCAGCUCCUUGCACAGACGGGGGUGCUGGUGCCCAGUGUGGGCAUCGUGCGGUGCUGCUGCACACCGGCAGAGCCUGGUGCUGUGUUGUGGGGGGCCUGGAGGGUAUCUGGGGGCAUGGGGUUUUUCAGGGAGGGGAGGCAGGAGCCUUCCCCCCACCCCUUAGCAGGGAGGCAUGGCUGCAGGCGGCUGGGCUGGGCCCUUGCCCACUCAGCCCCACGCAGGGUUGUGUCCUCGGUGUGGGGGGGUGUUGAGGGCAGUCGGUGCAAGGCGUGGGCCUGGGGCUCUGGCCAGGAGGCAGGGGCAGGGACGAGGGGCCCAUGAGCCACGGGCUGGGUGGGUGCCCAUGCACAGGCCCCCUGCACCCCAAUCAGGGCAGGCAGAGGGGUGCUUGCAACAGAUUGUCCCCCCUGGGUAUCUGGCUACUGGCAAGGGGGUGGCGGGAGUCUCUGGCAAGCUGGGGGUUGCAGCAUGUGCAGCAGGUCAUGGUGCGAGGGUGGGUGUUGGAGUGCUUGAGCGUGUGGAGCGAGUGGGUCUGGAGUGGCCGGACGAGGCCGGCGCAGGCCGUGGGGGCACAGCGGACUGGCGCCUGAUGCCCCAGUGCGGUGCAGGUGGCAGAGGGGUUGGGAUACGGAUGUGGGUGCGAGGCCCUGCUUCACCCUCCCCAGUCCCCCUUGUCUGACGCGGUCCCAACUUGCCCGAAAUCAGCUCACGCCCAGCCCGUGCGGGCGAGCGGCUUGGCCCAACACCCGACCUCCGCGCUGGCUGCUGCGGGGACCUUUCCCCCCUCCGAGAAGCUGCUGGUACUGCAGCAGUGUCACCCUGUGAUGCUGGAGCACCCAGGCACCCUGAGCCCUCUGUAGCACCCCUGCCCACGCCAGCCAGGCGCCCUCCCGCGCUCUGGCCCAGCGGGCGAGGGGCGGGGGCCGUGUCCUGGGCGUGGGGUGCUGGCAGGCUGCAGGGACCCUGAGGCUGGUGUGUUCCCGAGACGUACUCUUGGCGCAGAGCGGUGCUGCUGCCCUGCAAUGGCUCCAGGCCCUUCUGGUGCCUCCCCCCGACCCGGUCCCCUUGCCCCCGCCGGCUUCUGCCUACCAGGGCAUGGGGAGCCUCAGUGCUUCCACAGCUCAGGCUUCGUCCUCCACCAGCUCCUGCUGCUGCUGCUCCUCCUUUGCCUCCCAAAUCCAGGAGCAAGAGGCCUUUGCGGCGUUCGCUCCCUCCGGUCUCAGCUCCGCGGGCCCCAGGGAUGCCCGUUAGCUCCCUGGAUGAGAGGUGGCAUCCGGUCACGGGGGCAGGCGCUCGGAGGGUGAAGGGGGCGCAGGCUGACGUCUUAGGGGGGAUCGUCACGGCCAGCAUUCAGCCUCCACCCACCCACUGGCAGCAGCGUCCCCCCGCGGGCACCCACUCACGGCAAAAACUCUCUGCUGAGGACAAGGAGGGAUGAGGACCUAAUAAGCUAUAUAAAGAAGUAUUAAUUUAUUGCAAAAGAUUUAAGACAGAUUUUCCCCCUCCACCCCCCACCCCAGAAAUUUAAAAUAAAAAAAAAACUUUAACAAAUAUAUAUUUAAAAGAUUAAAAAAAAAAACCUAUUAUCAAUUAUAUAUUAAACAGAUAAAAAAGAAUCAAGAGAAAACUGGAUUUUAGCUUGAGAACAACCUAUUAGACUCUACUAAGCUGUAUGUCUUGUGGCACGAUCAUUCUAAGAGUAGCACAACUAUCCGACGAUACCUUUGAUCUUGUUUGAAGGUAUGUGCAAACAGGUUUCUGUUGUUCGUUUUUCCGUUGGACUUCAGCGUAACUUCUUUCUUUUUUUACACCGUUUAAGAACUCAAAGGAUGUGCCUUGUUUUCUGAAGGUUUUUGUUAUCUCUUCUACCGAGGGUGUUUCAUUCCGUUGGGUGUCUUCAGGUUUCGGUUCUUCCUUUUUCUGGUAUUCGUUUGGUGUGCGUGUGCGCGUGUGUGUUUGCGCGUGUGUCCGUGUGUAUUCCAGGGAAUGCACAGCUGUAUAUUCAUGUAUAAACAGGAUUUCGAGUCUGGUUCCUUGCUUGAAGUCUGACGAAUGCAUUUUUGCUUGUGGUUUCCAAACAAAGUGUCGACGUGAUCUUUUUCUUGAGAAGUACAACCUGGUCUCUCUCUCUCUCUCUCUCUUUCUCUCUCUCUCUCUCUCUCUCUCUCCUGUUGUGUUUGCUGAUCCAAAAUGUGUUUGGCACAACUUUGAAAUUUCUUACAAAAAGAAAAAAAAAGAAAAGGAAAAAAAAGACUUCCAAAAAAAAAAAAAAAAAAGAAAAGGAAAAAAAAAAAAAGAAUAAAACAACCCGCCUGAAAAUAUCUGUUGUAAAGAAAAAAAAAAUAUAUGUAUCUAAGAAAAAAAAAUCCAUAAAGUUCUACAUGAUGGAUAUAUACAUAUAUAUAUAUUUUUUAUGAUUAAGUUAUGGACUCUGUAUUGUAUUCCCAUUCUGUCAGAUCUAUGCAUCUUGGUGCUUUUCCCUGCUCUUCUGUGCUUAGGUUCCACCUAUAUUAGUCUUACUAUUACUAUUCUGACUAGUCGAUGGCGCGUGGUGCUGUGAAGAAGUUUGCUCCUAUAAAACGUCUGGCAACAAAUAUUUAAAGUAAAAAACAAAAAAAGAAAAAAAAAGAAAUAAACCGACGUCUCAUGUUGCUGCCA